UUUCAGUAGCCAUAAAUUAUUAAUAUACUCAGAAAUAACCGCUUCUUCCUGAUUUUAUAACGAACUAUUUUCCCUUACAGCGUUAUUUGCGAUCAUCAUCGCUAACAUUGUGUGUGCCUUCGAUGCAUCAAUGUUAUUUAGCGACAAGACUAAAACUAUAUUUGCUAAUCUAUCUACAGCAAUUAUAACAUAUGUAGAAUUAAAAGAUAUAUCUAGUCUAAAAGAUCCAUCGUAUAUAAAACAAUUGUUACACAGAGAAAACACAGUAUUUAGUCCUAUCAAUAUAAUGAUGAUAACGUCCUUACUUUUAAACGGCGCUAAAGAAGGAGCGACAAAGAAUGAGUUGAUGUCUCUUUUGAAAAUUACUGAUAAUACACAUUUAGACGGAUUCCUAGCUAUGCUUACUAAUUUAAAUGAUAUCGAAAACAUCGAAUUGCAUCUAAAAACCGCAGUAUAUGUUCAAAAUUCAGUUGAGCUAACGGCGGCUUUUUCAUCAAUAUGCGUAAAUAAAUUAUAUUGUUCGAUUUCAAAAGUAGAUUUCAGAAAUAAUAUAAAUGUUGCAGAAACUAUAAAUUCAUGGCUGCGAAAAACAACAAAUUACAAGAUAUUAUAUGACGUAAUUUCUUCAGCUAAUAUCAACGAAGGUACAAAAAUUAUGUUGGUAAAUAUUGUUUACCUAAAUAGUAGAUGGCUAGAUUUAACUUAUAAAAAAGAAACAGAGGAACGCAUAUUUCAUGUUUCUCCAUCAAAAAUGUAUUUUGUUCCAACAAUGAAAUUUGAAAAAUCGACAUUUAUUCAUGGUGAAAUACCACAUUGGAAUGCCAAGUUCAUAGAAAUUCCAUUUUUGAAUAACAACAUUACAAUGAUUAUAUUUUUGCCAAAUAAAAAUAUGGAACCUGGGAAUCUGGAGUACUUGGAUAAAAAGCUUAACUUUGCAGAAUUUAAGUCAAUUAGAAAUGCAUACACAAACAAAUUUGAGCAAGAUAUGGAAUUAUAUUUACCUAAGUUUACGAGUCAAUGUCGUCAAAAUAUGACAGAAUAUUUUCAUCAGAUGGGCAUAACUACGAUGUUCGAAGAUAAUGCGGAUUUUACACGUCUCUCAAAAAUUCCUCUAAAAGUGAACAAUAUCGUUCAAACAAUUUCCGUAACAAUUAACGAAGAAAGUUUGGAAGUUCCGAAUGUUGACAAAAGCGAAGUAAGAAAACUGGCAAGUCCACUGCAAGAGUUGGUCGUAGAUCGUCCGUUUCAUUAUAUAAUCGAAAUACAUGGAGAGAUAAUAUUUGUUGGAACCGUGCGAGUACCAGACUUUAGAACAUUUAUGAGAGAUGAAUUAUAAAUUCUGUUAUGUUCUUAUAUUUAUUGACAGUUUAUAUCACACAAUGUAUGUACAGCUUAAAUUUUUUUAAAUU